UUGCAUCGCCGUUGGCUGCUGAACGUAUGGGUGCAGUGGCAUCAGCCAUGCCAGCUGCAAGAAGACGUGACGACAAGUCGUCAACGUCUCCUGAUCGCACUCGUAUCAAACUCCAGGACGAUGCACCUGUCAUACUAAACACUAUAGCCACCUCCAAGGUGGCUAUAGCACACUCAGGAAAUGACGCUGAUCUACAGAAAUAUUUGAAUAUCAUAAAAUCAUGCGAAUCCACUGAGAACCAUGUCGAAGUGGCUCGAGUACGUGUAAAUGAUAAAAUCAAAGAUCGUCUGCAAUUAAUUACGUUAAGAAAUCAGUGGCCACUCGUAUUCAUCAAGGGAGAUGCUAUAGGCGGAUUAGAAGAGCUGAAGAAACUUGCUGAUACAAAAAUAUUAGCUGAAUGGCUGAAGGAUCACAAAUAUGAUCUGAUUGUUGUUGGUGGCGGUUCUGGUGGUCUAGCUGCUGCGAAAAUGGCUGCGAUGCAUGGAAAGAAAGUAGCUGUUCUAGAUUUUGUUAAGCCCUCACCUCUUGGAACCACUUGGGGUUUGGGUGGUACUUGUGUAAAUGUUGGUUGUAUUCCUAAAAAACUCAUGCAUCAAGCGGCACUUUUGGGACAUUCAAUAAAAGAUGCUAAAAUGUUCGGCUGGAAAAUACCAGAAGGUGAAAUCAAUCACAGUUGGGAAAAUCUAAAGAAUGGUGUACAAGAUCACAUAUCUUCCCUGAACUGGGGAUACCGUGUUCAAUUGCGUGAAAAACAGAUAUCGGCUACGAAUAAGAAAGGGCAAGUGGAGGUGUUGACAGCAGAUCGCUUCUUGAUUGCCACCGGCCUUCGCCCACGAUAUCCUCCGGAUGUCCCCGGUGCACGUGAAUACUGUGUUUCAAGUGAUGAUCUUUUUUCGCUUCCUUAUCCUCCUGGAAAAACACUUUGUGUUGGUGCUUCCUAUGUUUCACUAGAGUGUGCUGGUUUCCUGCACGGUUUGGGCUAUGAUGUGACGGUAAUGGUUAGGUCCAUUCUAUUGAGAGGUUUUGAUCAAGACAUGGCUGAACGAAUCAGAGCGCAUAUGAAAGAAAGUGGCAUUAAGUUUGAAAACGCUGUCCCGACUCGAAUAGAAGAGAUAGAGCCUAAAACCAAGACGAAAGCUGGACGAAUCCGUGUGCACUUUGCGAGAAAAGUGUCGGAUACUGAAACUGAGGAGCACAGUGAAGAAUAUAAUACCGUUGUGAUGGCAAUCGGCCGAGAUGCUAUGACGAAAGAUAUCGGUCUGGAUGUAGUUGGUGUGGAGACAGCUCGCAAUGGAAAGGUAAAAGCCCGACGAGAGCAGUCUAUAACCUGCCCAUACGUUUACGCCAUCGGCGACGAGCGGGUAAUUGGCUUUCAUAUACUGGCACCGAAUGCUGGUGAAAUUACUCAAGGUUUCGGAAUUGCUUUGAAGUUAGGAGGAACAAAAGCAGAUUUCGAUCGCCUAAUCGGUAUUCAUCCGACUGUUGCUGAGUGCUUCACAACGCUAUUUCAAGUGAAGGUGCCGGGUGGCGAAGAACUGAAAGCAUCGGGUUGCU